UUCAAUCCUGAACGCUUCUUGGCAAAGGAUGGAAAGGGCCCUGAGACAGAGCCUCGCACAAUGUGCUUCGGAUUUGGUAGACGUAUUUGCCCAGGUUUGUUCAACUCGCAUCAGUUAACUAACAGUAUUCUGACAUUUGCUUGCUUUUUGUGUACAGGUAUCCACCUUGCUGAUGCUUCCAUUUGGAUAUCCACCGCGAUGUCAUUGGCCGUGUUUGAUAUUUCAAAGGUUGUCGAGAAUGGUAUUGAGAUCACCCCCGAUGUUGAACCCUCACCAGGUACGAUCAGCCACCCCAAGCCCUUCAAGUGUUCUAUCCAGCCUCGCUCUGCAACUGCUCUUGGGCUCAUUGAACAAGAGGCUAACUAUUACUAA